AGUCCCGGAGCUAAGGGGUGGACCUUGUGCCUCAGGUACACUGGACACUGCCCACUGCUCCGGUUCAGCAUGGGCCAGACCUACGGGCAGGUAACUGGUGAGCUGCUUCGAGGCCCUCCUGGCCUAGCCUGGCCUCCUGCCCACCGCACGCUUCUGCCUCCCAUCCAGUCGUCUCCCAGAUCCCCUGUGACCUCCAGGGGCAGGCUACCUCCCAGGCAUGGGCACGAACGGCUCAGCUCCGGCACAAUCCCUGGGUACACAGGUUUUAUACCACAGGCGCAGUUCGCUUUUGCCAAGAAUUGCAACCAGGUUUGGGCUGAAGCUAUGGAUGUCUUUACACAAAGGCACAGGGAGCAAGUGGGUCCUGAACUGCCGAAGGAGGCCGAGGGAGAGGAAGAGGCGGAGAAAGACCAAGGGGAGGAGGCAGAGGAGGCGGAGCUGAAGCAGAAGGCUUCCCCCUACUCCAUGGAUGACACAGAUCCCCACAAGUUCUUCAUGUCAGGCUUCACUGGCUAUGUGCCCCGCGCGCGCUUCCUCUUUGGCUCCGGCUUCCCUGUGCUCACCAACCAGGCGCUGCAGGAAUUUGGGCAGACGUGUUCACGGGGCAGGGUGCGGAAGGACCCCAAACCUCUUCCUCCACCUCCCAGGCCUAACUUUCAGAACCUGGGGCUUCUACCCCACUAUGGAGGCUACGUGCCUGGAUAUAAGUUCCAAUUUGGUGGUACAUUUGGACACCUCACCCACGACGCUCUGGGCCUCAGCACCAGGACUCAGAAACAGCUCCUGGCUUAAGUACCUGGAUGUC